AUGGCCCCAACUUGGUGGCGAAAUUUGGGCACGCAGUUCGACAUAUCGUCCGUUUAUGCGGUGACUUCAGGGGCCCGCUUCCCUCCCGACGAAGCCACGGUGAAGGGCAAAGACCUACUUCAGAAAACAGAUGUGGGGGCGGCCCACAUCCUUGACCCCAAUGUUGGGUUGGGUAUCAACUACGCAGUUAUGGCUUGGCACUGGGCCAUGGUUCUGGUGUUCUUGGUGCUGUAUUUCGGGAUGAUAGCCCUCACCACACCCCUGCAAGAAAGCAUCCCCUGGCUGACGCUGGUGCAAAAGCUCUUGGUGUUCUGGAACAUGUGGGAAGCGCUGGGGCUCGGAGUUAUUUCGGGGCCAAUGCACGCCAAAGUGAACCCACCUUUUCAGGACUGGUGGUAUCGAUGGACGGUUGGUACCAUGAAGUACAACGCCCCCUUCCUUCCUUGUCUGCCCAACCGGCGAAACUACUUGGACGUCCUCGUGGAGGGUGUCCUGGUGUAUCUGCUGACACUUCGAGUCCUGGUCUCUCCGGAGGUCACGCCAGCGCUUAUGCGGCCACUCACGGCGUGCCUGAUCUACGAGUUCCUCUUCGACUACGGGCAGCACAUGCACACAUAUGGAACUCAGACGAUGUACUGCUUCUUCUGCAUGUGCUUCACUGUGGAGCAGGGUCAAGUGGCGGGCCUGCAGCUGUUCAUGACCUGGUUCUACGUCUGCUCUGGCUGGUGCAAGAUCGGGCCAUGGUUCAAGUACCUGAACGUCAGCAACCUGUGGUCUGCGAAGUACAUGGUGAGCAUGCCAUGGUCAGACUGGUACCGGCGGGUGAUGUACAAAGGAUACAAAGCGUCAGAUCCGGACUACCACCUCACCCUCGCCGCAACGAUUUUCUCAGCCGCCUGCGCAGUCAGCGAGACUCUAGGGCCCAUGCUGGUGCUAUCCAACAGCAGCUCUGUUGUGUCUAUCGGCAUCGUCUUCAUCUGCUGCAUGCACCUCUACAUCAUCUCCACGCUCAUUGUGGACGUCUUCACCUGGAACUUCGUCGAUGCCUUGCUGUACAUCUUCCUCUUCGGCUGCUAUGGACCUUCGCAAGGUGGCCCGAUGGGCUUGCAAUGGCACGACGUCCCAAUGAUCCACCCAGCUAUGUGCGCCUUCUUGCUGGCGCAUGCCCUCUACAGCAUCUAUGGCAACUUUGUCCCAAGCCACGUGCCCUAUGUGGUGGCGCAUCGGCACGCUGCAGGGAACUUCUCACAAGGGGUGCUCCUUGUCCGGAUCUCCGCGGCGGCUAAGCUGGGGAAGGUGGUGGCGCACAGCGGCUGCCCAGUGGUGAAGGGCGCGCCUGCUCCGGGCUGGAUUGGGGAGUGGCUGGGAUUCCACUUGCUCAUGGCCUACUUCUGGUUCUGGAACUUGCCUAACCGGAUGCUCUUGCCCCUGACCUUCGACCAGCUGCAAGCAUUUGGAGGGCGAGAGGAAGACUUCGUCAUGCUGCACUCGGUGCUGGUCUUUGACGCCCUGGCUGCCCACGUGCGCUUCGAUGGCCUCAGCAGCCUGGCGCUGGUCCGGGCGCUGGGCGACGUCUGCGGCUUCGAGGAGGGCGAGUGCACGCUCUGCUGGGUUGGUGGAUUCCAGUCCUUCCCCGUGCAGCUCUUCUCCGACCCCAGUGCUAUGUGGAAGGUGGUGGAUAGCAAAAAAGGCGUGCUUCGAGAAGGCACAUAUACAGUCCAGGACGUGGAAGACCCCGCCUACAAGAAGCCGUCAGACUGCAGAGAUCUCAAGAUCACCAAGACACUCUCCAUGUCACGCACGCUGGUCUGA